AUGGUCCGUAGCUUGAUACUGGAGUAUCCAGAAGAUCGCAAUGUCUGGGGUAUUGAAUCUCAAUAUUUCUUUGGCUCGGAUAUGCUGAUCGCGCCCACCAUACAACCACUGGAUGAGGCUGAGGAACACAUGAUUUACCUCCCUGCUGGUAUUUGGUUUGGCUUUUGGGACAAGAAGAAGAUUGUCAGUCACGGUGAGUGGAUUGGCUUCGACAUGGCUCCCCUGAGCCGAAAUCACAUCAUCAAAGACGGCGCCAUGCUGUGCUGGGCUCCGGCCCGCAAAAGGACCUAUAACGAGGUGGGUAUCAUCGAAAAGGUAGAAAUAUACGGUCAACGCAGCGGUCCAUGGGUGUGUGGAGAUGGACAGGGGUCCACGGUCGAAGUUAUCAAGGCAGAGAACGGAUGCAGUGUGGUCGGCCGUGGGGGUGUUAUGGUUGAGGCAUUCGAAUAA